AUGUCCGCUACCAAAACCCGCCAGUACUCCCAGCUGCAGGCUCAGCUAGCACAGCUGAAUGCCAAUCUGGCCGAUACGCAGAACUUGCUCCGGAUGACGGCCGUACAGGCGGAGGAUAUGCGCUUUCUGGGUGGAUACGUCGGGGCAUUGUUCAUGGGAUCUGCUAAGGUUCUAGGUGAAGAAGGUGUCAAAGCGAAUGCGGAGGGCCGGCGUGCUUCGAAUGAUGGCGAAGAGGAGAUUAAAAAUGAAGAUUGA